ACCCUCCUCGGUAUUAAGGUAGGCGGUUCGUUCCGCUAUUUUCAGAACCUCAGCUUCCGCUAGGGCUCGAUCUAGCAAUAUUACGAAGCACUUAUAAGUUGGACUUUGACUUGAACAGUUGAUGAAGGACCAAACUCAUCGUACCUCAGCUGAAUACGGGACAUGGCUCACGCAGAAGAGAAGCCCAUAAGAUGGGAGCCCACGGGCAUCGACGUUGAAGUUGGCCAAGCCGGCGAUAUUGAAGCUGUAUCUAGCGAUAUGCCCACGGAAGACAAUUCGUUCCACGCCAAGCUUCAAGCCUUUGCAGGCAGGUACGGUAUCGAACAGCGAGGAAUCGAGAGGGUCCCGGAUGAUGAAAAGACAGACUCUAGCAUGAGCCAGAUUGGCACAUUGUGGCUCUCUGCCAAUAUGGUUGUCUCUUCCUUCGCAAUAGGGGUUCUUGCCAUCCCUGUGUUCAACCUCAGUUAUCUGGAUAGUGCGCUCACAAUAAUCUUCGUCAAUAUCCUCGGAGUUAUGCCGGUUUGCUUCUUUUCAACCUUUGGUGCCAGAUUUGGUCUGAGGCAGAUGGUGCUUUCCCGCUUCUACUUUGGCUACUAUGGUGUCAAGUUCGUGGCCUGCUUUAAUAUAUUGUCAUGUAUAGGAUGGUCAGCAGUAAAUGUCAUUGUUGGCGCACAGCUUCUCCACGCGAUCAAUCACGAUGUGCCGGGCUACGCUGGCAUCCUGAUAAUCGCUCUGUCAACGUUGAUUAUCUGUGCUUUCGGCUACAGGCUGGUACAUGUGUAUGAACAUUGGUCAUGGAUUCCAAGCUUUAUUAUUUUUCUUAUCGUGCUUGGAACUUUUGCGCGUUCCGGCAACUUCAAUGCCAGACUUCCAUUGGCUACUGGCCCAGCUGAGGCUGGUGCGGUACUAUCAUUUGCAGCAUCCAUCUUUGGCUUUGCGACAGGUUGGACAUCAGUCGCGGCUGAUUACACAGUAUACCAACCCGGAGGCAAGUCUCGUGCCUUGGUCUUCUUUUGGACGCUUGCAGGACUGCUAUUCCCUCUCAUCUUCACGGAGCUCUUGGGCGCCGCGGUCGCGACCGGAAUAUCCGCGACUCCGGCUUACGAUGAGGCCUAUUCUGACUCUGGUAUUGGUGGAUUACUGGCGCAGGUCUUGGUCCCUCCUCUCGGUCGAUUCGGAGAGCUCUGUGUUGUAAUACUCGCGCUGUCUAUCAUCGCCAACAACUGUCCCAACAUCUACUCGGUGUCAUUGUCUCUCCAAGUCUUGGCAUACAGCACGGAGCGCGUUCCUCGCUUCAUCUGGACGGCUGUCGGGACAGCCGUUUACAUUGCGGUCGCAGUACCUGGGUAUGAACAAUUCGAGGCGGCGCUAGAGAAUGUUCUCUUGCUUACUAGUUAUUGGCUCGCUAUCUAUCAGGGUGUCUCCCUGACUGAGCAUUUCGUAUUCCGACGCGGGUUCAAAGGCUACAGACCAGACGACUAUAUGAUUCCGAAGAAAUUGCCACCCGGUAUUGCAGCCACAUUAGCCUUCGUUGUGGGCGUGGUCGGCGCCGUUCUCGGCACGGCGCAGACCUGGUAUACGGGCCCUAUUGGGAAACUAUGUGGUACUGAUUUUGGCGGCGACGUGGGGUUUGAAUUGGCAUUUUCAUUCACGUCUAUUACAUAUAUAGGCUUGAGGAGCGUCGAGAGGCGGUACUUCGGUAGGUGAAAAAGGACCGUAGAGGGCAGUCAAUUGUAGGGUUGCUUUUCAAGACCAAGACACAGCUCUGGAGGCUUGCGCUGAUUAUUGCAUAAUUGAAUAUGAGAUUAAUUUACCUAGUGCCUAAAUUGGCUAUGCCUUAG